AUGGAAGAUUCAUUUAUUCAAUUGGAUGAUUUACCUGAUGAAAUUCUUACAAUUAUUUUGAAAAAAUUGCCAAAUUAUCAGGUACUCUAUUCUUUAAUAGAUGUUAAUGAACGACUUGAUACUAUUGCUCAAGAUUCAAUUUUUACAAGUUAUUUAACAUUGGUACCAUGUCGUAAUGAUUUAAAACAAUUUACUAAUAGAAUGCUUCAUCGAUUUUGUGAUAAAAUUUUACCUAUAAUUGGUUAUAAAAUUCAAUGGCUCAAUGUUGACUCAUCAUUUAUGGAUCGUAUUUUUCUUUCAACAAUUUAUCCUAAUUUAACUGGACUGGGUUUAUACAAUGUUGCAUUAGAAACAGCAAGAGAUCUCUUUACUAAUACAAGUUAUUUUAUUCAUAUUUUCGAAAAUCAACUAUCAUCACUUGUUAUUUAUAUUAAUGAACGUGAAGAACCAAGAAGUUCAAUCAAAGAUAUAAAUAUAUUUCUAUUUACACAAAUCUUUGCUAUGUUUAAUAAUUUACAAUGUUUAAAUUUGAAUCCAUUUGAUUUGCGUGUUGUCGUCGAUUCUUACGAAGAUUGUCUCUAUUUACUUGAUGGUCGUUUUAAUAAACUUAAUAAGUUCAAUGUUACCAUUUGUUCAUCUAAUGUUCCAUCAUUGCCAUUGAUUAAUAAUAAAAAAAAACUUUCCAAUUUAAAAUGCUUUCUGUUAAGACAUAAAUCGGUGUUAUUGGUCUACAAUACUUUUCUUAUUCCACUUUUACAUCGAAUGUCAAAUUUAGAAGAACUCAGUUUAUAUUUUGUCAAUCAUAAUACACCAAUUAUUGAUGGUAAUGAUUUGGAAAUGAAUAUUAUGAAUUAUAUGAGAAAAUUAAAGAAAUUUAAAUUUAAUAUUCGUUCAGUCAUUUCUCUCAAUAAUCAAGUUUAUUUACCAUCACAUGAAUAUAUUCAAAAUACAUUUAAAAAUUUAAAAAACAAUCAAAUUAUUUCAUGUAUUGAUUAUUUUCCAAAAGCAAAUGAAUUUCAUUGUCAUAUUUAUUCAUAUCCAUAUACAUGGAAUUAUUAUGAUAAUAUAACGAACAAUUUUCAUGGUGGAUUAUUUAAACGUGUUUAUGAAAUAUCAUUAUUUGAUGAACGUUCUUUUGAACGUGAAUUUUUUCUUAAAAUUGCUAAAUCAUUUCCAUGUAUCGAGGAAUUACGUUUACAUAAUCGAGAACCACAAAAGAAUGACAAUCAACAAUGGUCAAUCAUUGAAUAUCCUCAUCUUAUUAGACUUGAUCUUGUUCAAACUCAUGAAAAUUAUGUCGAACAAUUUCUGAAUAAUACUAAAGUGUGUUUAUUAAAUGAUAUUGAUCUUCGUGUGGAUUAUAAUACUUUACAAAGAGUAGCAGGCAAUUUUACAAGUGAUGCUACACGAAUCAAUUGUUCUAAAAUCAAAUGUCUAUUUUUAUACAAUGAACCAGAAUUAUCUCUAGAUUUAAAAGAUUAUUUUCCUCUUGCAAAAAUCUGCUGA